AUGGUUGAUUUCAACGCCACUCUGUCUUCUUCGGGUAGACGCAAUUGUAAUAGCUCCAACCCGCCAAGUAAAGACUUUCAUAACUUUGUCUAUGAUAAUGGUCUUUGUGAUAUGAGGGAUGAAGCUUACCCGAACUCUUCUGGCAGACAUCUAUACCGUAUGCGCUCAAACCAUCGACCACUUCUCUUUUGUAUUGGUGCUUCUCAUCCGAAUCAUCGGGCUGCCCAAUUUAGAUACUUCUCUGGCUGGUCCAAGCAUGAAGACUUUGACCGCUUUGUGAAGGAUAAUUGGGUCUCCUCUGAAUCACUCUCUGAUUCCAUCUCGAGAUUUACCUCUAUGGUCACUAUCUGGAAUAAGUCAGUCUUCGAAUAUAUUGGCGCAAUAAAAGGGACAGUCAUGGUGAGGCUCAGAGGGGCGCAUAAAAGCUUGAAUCGCGGCCACCCCAGGUUCCUUAUUGACCUUGAAGCCGAACUCCUCAUUGAACUUGAGAAUCUCCUUAACUUGGAGGAAAAGCCUUGGAAGAAACGUUCACGAUCAGAUUGCAUUUCCCAAGGAGACAGAAAUACAAAAUAUUUUCACAAGAAAACCCUCCAUCAAAAAUUGUUAGAAAAUGCCCAAAGACCAAUCGGUUGGGAUCGUCGGUGCACCUCAUGGUGCAGCGAAAUAAAAACUCAACGGUCUCAUUAG